AUGGAGAAGCUAACUCAUGAUGAUAUCUAUACGCAUCGCCAAGCUAUUAAACCUCUCCGGAUUAUUGUCGUCGGGGCGGGCAUUGCGGGACUCUCGGCCGGGUUGGCACUUUCUCGAUGCGGCCACUCCGUCACGAUUUUGGAAAGCUCCCCCCUGCUUGGCGAAACCGGCGCUGGUAUACAGUUGGCUCCAAAUGCCACUCGCAUUCUACGCAGGUUCGGAGUCCUUAGCGAGGUGAUGUUACACACUUCCGUCCUCUCAGGAGUCAGCAUCAGACGCUAUAAUAGUGAUAAGGAGCUCAGAAAUUCGCCGAUGUCGCUCUCCUCCGUGGAUAGAUACGGAGCACCCAUGGGGGUCAUACACCGUGGAGAUCUGCAUCGCAUACUUUUGGAUGCUGCUCGGGGCAACAGUUGUCAAAUUCUUACAUCUCACACAGUAGUAAAUGUUGACUCUUCCCCAACCCCGAAAGUUCGAGUUACAGUUGGCAAUACGAACAAGAGCUUUUGGCUUACAGGCGAUAUCGUCAUUGCUGCCGAUGGCAUAAAAUCUAUUUGUAGGAAACAGAUGGCGCUGGCGGGUGGAUAUGCCCACAAAGAUCAGCCUUACCCAACGGGAGACGCAGCGUACAGGUUGCUAAUUCCUCGUGAAAAGGUUAAGCAUGACGCACAAUUAUUAGCCAUGCUAGAUCAGAAUGUGGCGAUGCGCUACAUGGGGCCCGGAGGGCAUAUCAUGGCCUACCCGUUGAAAGGAAACAAAUUGUACAACAUGGUGCUCAUCCACCCUUCCAAGCCGAAUAUUGAUACUGGAGAGAAUGUGUGGACAGCCACUGGCAAAAGAAGUGAGAUGAUGAGCUUUUACAGCAGCUGGUCGCCUGCAAUAAGAAGGUGGCUGAGUUAUGCCGGAGAAGAGGAUGAGGAGGAAAUCCCAGAGUGGACUCUCAACAUGUACCCUCCGUUGCCGAGAUGGGUUUGGGGCGGCGUCGCGCUUAUAGGCGACGCCUGCCACCCAAUGCUCCCAUAUGUCGCUCAAGGAGCAGCAAACGGUAUCGAGGAUGCUGCAGUGAUAGCCACUGCUCUCAACUAUACGUCGAACGUCCAGUUGGCCCUUGGCGUAUACGAGAUGGUCAGGAAAGAGCGGGCUGAGAAGAUAGCCGCGAGCGCAUUGGACACAAGCAAAAGCUUGCACCUACCAGAUGGCCCCGAGCAAGAGAAAAGAGACAGGUCUAUACAGGGCGUAAGACAAAAGGAAACGGCUGGGGAUUCACACGUGGCAGACAAGUGGCGCGACCAUCAGUGGCAAGACUAUAUGUGGGGUAUUGAUGUCAUGCGUGAAACAGUAGACAAAUUGGCUGAAAUCAGCGCUGUGCCAAUGAGGGAGUCGGAACGUAUUAUGUCUUCUCUUUGA